CUCUCUCUCUCUCUCUCUCUCUCUUUCUUUCUCCUCCAUUUUUUGCUCUUCUCAAUUCAACCAAAUUUCUCAAAAUCGUCCACGCAGAGCGAAUCACAAAGUCUCUUUCGGUCACCGGGAUAUAUCUUCUCCUCCGCAAUUCGAGUAGACCAUUCCCACGAGGACGCUUACUCGAGAUAAUCAUAUUAGGGUAAUAUCAUACUUUUUGUUGGUGUUGCUGUGUGUAUGAAAACACCAAAAGAUUAAAGACGUUUCCGUAUCUGCCAAGUGUUGAUCUUCUAAAACAAGGAUUUUGUGAAUUUUAGUAGAAAACAACAAUGAAGUAUAAAGAUGAGAAGUACGAGAAAGCUGAGAAAGGUUCAAGGGUCUUGCCCAAGACUGUUUUACUGAUCUUGCUAUGUGGGCUUUCGUUCUAUCUUGGUGGGUUGUAUUGUGGCAAGAACAAGAUCGAAGUUAAUGAUGUUGCAAAAGCUGAAUCUUCUUCCUUGGAUAUUGAUGAAGCUCCUCAAGUCAAAUCUGUUUCUUUCUCUGAAUGUAGCAGUGACUACCAAGAUUACACUCCCUGCACGGAUCCAAGGAAAUGGAAGAAAUAUGGUACUCACAGGCUUACUUUCAUGGAGAGACACUGUCCUCCUGUGUUUGAUAGAAAGCAGUGUCUGGUUCCUCCUCCUAAUGGGUAUAAGCCACCAAUUAGAUGGCCAAAGAGCAAAGACCAAUGUUGGUACAGGAAUGUGCCAUAUGAUUGGAUUAACAAGCAGAAAUCUAACCAGAAUUGGCUAAGGAAAGAGGGUGAAAAGUUCAUUUUUCCUGGUGGAGGUACAAUGUUUCCACAUGGAGUUAGUGCAUAUGUCGAUCUGAUGCAAGAUCUGAUCCCUGAAAUGAAAGAUGGGACUAUACGCACAGCCAUUGACACUGGUUGUGGGGUUGCCAGCUGGGGAGGUGAUUUGUUGGACCGUGGUAUCCUCACGGUAUCACUCGCCCCGAGAGAUAACCACGAAGCUCAAGUCCAGUUUGCUCUAGAACGUGGAAUUCCUGCAAUUCUCGGCAUCAUUUCCACUCAGCGUCUCCCUUUCCCUUCAAAUUCAUUUGAUAUGGCUCAUUGCUCAAGAUGCCUUAUUCCAUGGACAGAAUUCGGUGGAGUAUAUCUUCUGGAGGUUCACCGUAUCCUGAGACCUGGUGGCUUCUGGGUCUUAUCUGGUCCACCAGUCAACUAUGAAAACCGUUGGAAAGGUUGGGACACAACCAUCGAAGAGCAGAGAACAAAUUACGAGAAGCUUCAAGAAUUGUUAUCUUCAAUGUGCUUCAAAAUGUAUGCCAAGAAAGACGAUAUCGCAGUCUGGCAAAAAUCUUCAGACAAUCUAUGCUAUGACAAGUUGUCUAAUGACCCUGAUGCAUACCCGCCAAAAUGUGAUGACAGCCUUGAGCCAGAUUCUGCUUGGUAUACACCGCUACGCCCUUGUGUUGUGGUUCCAAGUCCUAAGCUUAAGAGGACAGAUUUGGAAUCCACUCCCAAGUGGCCAGAGAGAUUGCACACAACUCCUGAAAGAAUCUCUGAUGUUCCUGGAGGAAAAGGUGGCGUGUUUAAGCACGAUGAUAGCAAAUGGAAAACAAGGGCUAAGCAUUACAAGAAGCUGUUACCCUCGCUUGGUUCUGAUAAGAUUCGUAAUGUGAUGGAUAUGAACACUGCUUAUGGAGGUCUGGCCGCUGCUCUGGUCGAUGAUCCUUUGUGGGUUAUGAACGUUGUCUCUUCUUACGCUGCGAAUACACUACCCGUUGUGUUUGAUCGUGGAUUGAUCGGAACAUAUCAUGACUGGUGUGAAGCUUUUUCGACAUAUCCAAGGACUUACGAUCUUCUUCACGUAGAUGGGCUGUUUACAUCUGAAAGCCAGAGGUGUGAUAUGAAAUAUGUAAUGCUGGAAAUGGAUAGGAUCUUACGUCCAAGUGGGUAUGCGAUUAUACGCGAAUCAAGCUACUUUGCUGAUACGAUAGCAUCAGUCGCUAAAGAACUGAGAUGGAGUUGCCGCAAGGAGCAAACAGAGUCUGAAUCAUCGAAUGAGAAGCUCUUGAUUUGCCAGAAGAAACUGUGGUAUUCAUCUAACGCAUCUUCAGAAACAAAAUAAUUUUUAAAAAGGAAAGGGAAAAAAGAAGGACAAAUCUAAAGCUUAAGGUUAAAGCUUUUGUUUUGUUCGGAGGUUUCUUGAGAACAAAGCCUCAACAACAACAAGCAUAGGUUCUUUGUGUUGCUUCAAAGCCAAGAAAGCUGUUGAAAGCUGCCAAUUCAUUUACAUUAUCCCAGCAUAUUUUUAAUCAAUUAUCGGUUUUUUUUUUCCUUUUAUUUUAGUAUAUGCUUGGUGAGAAUUAUAUAUUUCUUUUAUUUAAAAAAAAAUUGUAAGUUUAAGAUAUACUUCAAAUGGUGAUGUUCGAGAUAUCUCGAAUGUUAGGUAUAAUGGAUUUGAGAUCUUCUAGUAUUGUUUUACACGUUAA